AUGGAUCAUUCCGUGGAUCCUGAACGGGCAACUUCUUCGUCCACUCCCCGCAAGUUCAGCAUUCGCAGUAACUUUGGUAAAGCGCGUCAGCCCAGAAGUCGCAAGAACAGGCCCUGUGACGCUUGUCGUCGCCGUAAGACUGCUUGUGUUAUUACUGCUGAGCCCCCAUGUCUGUUUUGUAAAAGCAGAGGCUUGGUAUGCCAAUCCCUCUCUGAUCCCGAUGUCCUGGCUUCUCGGGCCGGACCUUCUGUCUCUACUUCUGCUUCUGGCCAUCAUAUCUACCCUGGUCCUGGAGGCCCAUCACCUUCAACUGCCGAUACGUCUAGGAGUUUCGAUGCUACAAGUCCUGCCUCAGUCGCAGCUUCAGCUACAGCAUCAGUUACGGCAUCUGUCUCUGCCUCUGCAUCCGCCAUCUCUCCAUCCGCGGCUUCCGAAGUCAACCGCCACAGGACCGAGCCGUCCGCCGUUGUUCACAACGGCCUCGUCCGGCCCCAUCCUCCGCCUGUCCCUGGUCAAAGCCCUUCUGACAUCAACGCUCACAGCCUUGAUCCACCCCGUUUGCAUCCCGAUCAGGAAGUUGUAUACGCCAUUGAAGAUGUUCCAGGCAGGACUGCCCAUGCCAUGGCAUUAGCCUCGGAGCAGGAUCCUUACUUUUUGGAUGCCUUUAGGUCGGUGCUGCUUAGCGAGAGGGAGGGCAUCGAUGCCAACUUUGUCCAGGUUUACCACGGCGGGCCUGAUCAGGAUGAUUAUCCCAUGCACUUUUUGCUUCUGCUUGAUGAGUUCCCCGACCACAAGAAUGAGGCUAGACAGCAUGCUUCGGAUGCUAUAGAACGUAUUGUAUGGCCUCAUGGACCAGCCCUGGUUCGUCUUUACUUCCGACACGUCCAUGUCGGGUUCCCCGUCAUUCACAAGGCUCGCUUUCUUCGACAGUAUGCAACUUCCAAACUGGACAUACCCUCGUCACUACGGGGUGCCGUGUAUGCCCUUGCCUGCGUCUUCUGGUCCCAGGAUGCCCAGCUCGCCAGGAUACCGUGUCCCUUCAAACAGCACGAGCUGACCAACAAUGCUCAAGAGGCCCUGCGGCGGGAACUCGAUGCGCCUAAUCUGUGUCGUCUAAUGUCCGCUCUAUUGCUGAUGCACAUGAUACCACCCGAGAUAGACAGCGUCGAGACCCCUUAUCUCUGGGUGAUGGCGUGUCAAGCCACCUCGGUCGCGCAGAUGCUCGGUCUUCACAUGGACCCUGACAAGUGGAACAUUGCGCCAUGGGAGAAGAGGUUGCGGAAGAAGCUCUGGUGGGCCGUCUUUUACACGGACUGUUGGUCGUCAGUCUGCCACGGUAACCCCCCGCAUAUAAGCUACGAAUCUUUUACGACUCCGCCACCAGAUAUGGACGAUCUCCGGUCCGGUGAAGACAUCCCUGACGAUCUGCGGUACAUGAUUGACCCCGAGGAUGCCACCUUCCGUGUAGUUGAUGGUGCCCGAUUCCUCGAGCAAAUCGCUGUGUCGAGAGAGAUGCGUGCCAUCUUGGAUUGCAGCCACGGUGUACGAUCUAACACGCAGACGCGUACACAAUUGAUACCUAUUCGAGAAACGCUCAAGGAAUGGCCCAGCCUUAUCCCGAGUUGCUUGGCUGUGAGACCUUAUGCACACAAUGGACCCCUGCAUAUCUCAUUCUUUGCAACACAAGUACUACUGUUUCGUGGUCUCAUGUUCCCCGCCACAAGAGCCGCAAAGGUGACACCUGGUUCAAACCUGCAAAGGUGGCUCUCCACCGCGCUCGCAGAAUUCGAGCUCUUCACCACCUUUAUGUCAUAUAUCACCGAACAAGAACUCACCAGCUUCUGGGGUCGCUUUGCCCGAUCGCAGCUCAUUCUCUGCGGUAACUUCCUCAUAUACUUGUUUCUCCUUGCCAGUGAUCCUCGCGAUGUCGAGGCGGCUUACAGGUUAUUGGAAAAGUUCCACCUCUCACUGCAGAGACUCGGUGCUACGGACGACACGGCAGCACAGGUCUUUUUGCGACCUGUCAUUUUGAGGAUUGAUUCGUUCUUUAUGCAAGCUACCGAGUUGAUCAAACAUGGAAGAACGGUGAAGCUGGAGCCGCCUGUCAUGACAGUGCCGAGAGGAGAGUAG